GUAAACUGUCACUUUUGAUUGAAAAUAAAAAUAUUUCGAUUUUCAUUCACUUUUGAUUUUUGAUUUGAUUUCGUUGUAGAAAGUAGAAAAGUUAUGACAGAACACGGAAACCCAGGCACAGAAUUCGGUUGGACGUUAUGAAGUCAUAAUUAUUAUCGUAGUAAUAUAUCUGGUUUUAGAUCCCGCUUUGUUGGGCAAUGUGAACCUAAACUCGGUAAACCAGCUUGCCAAAAGCAUUUCCUCAAAAUUAGAUUUAUUCCCUGAAUGGGUCCCCUCUCCAGAUGGAAAAUCUUCAAUGAAAGAUAAACAUAGACCAGCUUGGAUACUGAAAGCUGUAACACUGAUUGAUUUAACAACCUUAGCUGGUGAUGAUUCCUUAAGCAAUGUAUCUAGACUUUGCCUAAAGGCAGCAAGACCUAUAGCUAAAGAUGUUUUAGAAGAAUUAGGAUUUGACUAUGAAGAUAACAGUCCUAUUCAUACUGCAGCAGUUUGUGUCUACCCAAACAGGGUUCAAGAGGCUGUGGAUGUACUCAAGAAAAUUAAAAUGUUGGGCAAAAUCAAUGUUGCUUCAGUUGCCACUGGGUUCCCAGCAGGUCAGACCCCACUGAAUGCCAGAUUGGCGGAAAUUCGGUACGCUGUGGAAAACGGAGCAACAGAGAUAGACAUCGUUAUAAACAGGCCGUUGGCAUUAGCAGGAAAGUGGAAAGCCCUGUAUGACGAAAUAGGUACAAUGAAAGAAGCCUGUGGAACAGCUCACUUGAAAACUAUUUUGGCUACAGGUGAACUGGACACACUACAAAAUGUAUACAACGCAUCUAUGGUGGCAAUGAUGGCUGGCGCAGACUUUAUCAAGACUUCAACUGGAAAGGAAUCUGUAAACGCCACGAUCCCAGUGGGUAUAGUCAUGGCAAGGGCGAUCAAAGAUUACCAGCAUAAAACUGGAUAUAAAGUAGGAUUGAAACCAGCUGGUGGAGUUCGAACGGCAAGUGAUGCAAUUCAAUGGCUGAUUUUGGUCAAAGACUUGUUGGGGCAUCACUGGUUGAACCCAGCUUUGUUCAGGUUCGGAGCUUCUGGAUUGCUUGGCGAUAUGGAGACGCAGUUGUACCAGUAUGUUACUGGCAGGACGCCCAGUGGAUAUGAGUUUACAAUGGGCUGAACGUUUUGUUUUGCACUAAAUUGUGUCUGCUAUUAUAAUAGGGGUGGGUAGUUUCGGUUUCGACUAAAAUGUAAACGUUUUAUAUUUUUGUAAUUGCGCCAUGUAUUUUAUGUAUAUUUUAACAAUAAAGGUAGAUUCUAAAAAUA